CGGCGCACGACAAGCGCGAGGAUCUACUUCGGUAGAAGAAGCUCCUUCCCCGCGGCAAACAGUAGAUUCUUUCGUUGAGCAGAAGCCGCUGGGUCGGUGGACUUGCGAGCCCAUCGUGACCGCGUGUGGAAGCAGGCAUAAAUCUACUCAGCGGGCGCAGAAGAAGAAGAGUAGAGGUGGGCAUCAAAAGCAGACCGGGGAACAAGAUAUCGGGCGAUACUUCGGCUACAGUCUCGCUUUCCACAAGACGGAUUUGCAGGAUCCCUUCCAAGAUGCGUUUUACAGUCCGUCCCAGAAUGGGGGUUCCGAAGAUGAAGGAGGCAGGGCUGAUGUUGACGAGGAGGAAGAACAACCCGAUGAAGAUGUAGAUCAGAACGUGGUCGUUUCGGACGAAGAUGACGAUGAGGAUCAGGAUGCGGAUCAACAUGCCGGGGAUGUCAUGAUCUCGUCUGAUGAAG